AUGCUGUAUGCUCUCACCAUGUCAGAUGUUUUCCCAAUGCACGGUUUGUUUUAGAACCUCUGGUAGCAAAAAGUCUUUCACCCGUGAAAAAAAUAUGAGAAAAAGUUUCUGGUGAACAAACUUUUGUGGGAAAUACACACAUAAACGUACAUGAACUGAAAUGGAUUUGAAUUUUGUUUGUUCAAUUGUGCCAAGCUGCGACGAGCGACAGAAAGUUUUUUAAGUUCGUGAUAGAUCUCAAGUUUUGAGCAUAUGAACAGCAAAAAAAAAAGAGCUCGAGAUAAAUCUUGAAAAUCUCUUCUUUGGCUGUAUUUUCAUUCAGUAAAAAGUAUCUGUCUCUAUAAAUGCGAGAGUUUAGAGAAAGCAAAAACGCGAAAAACGAUUUUCGAAGUAAAGCUGCUCUAUGGAGAAGAUGAUUUGUCCUUUUUCAGCCUUCUUAGUCACCUUUCUGAAUUUUUCCAUUUUUUUGUUCUCACUUAUUCAGUGCAAUGUAAGAUUCAAGUAGUUGUGAAAUACCGGCCACGAAUCGGUUUUAGUAACAGUUUCUUUGAUUAUUUGAAUUUUCAUAAUGAAAGUUCAAAAUGAAGCAUUCAUCUCGAACCUUAUGCUCUACUCGCAGUAUGCUUAUGAGGAUUUCAAAAUCUUGUUCGGUACGUUUGAAAAUUCUUGAGUUUUGAGCGAAAUGAUAGUUGAACAUAAUUCUUAAAUUGAAAAAAAUAAUCAAUGACUAUUACUUUUUUUGCUUCCAUUUGAGGAAAACUGAGAUUUUCAUUUCUCGAGACGGAGGAGCGUAUUCAGGCUCUGCACUCAAGUGGCCACUCUGCGCUUGCCGUGGGACACAUCCUCCGUCUUGAGGCGCCGCCCCUUGCAUCGCCGUCCGCUGUCAGCCGGCCAUCAUCUCGCUUCUUCAUCAUACGUUCCUUUUACUCUCCGAUCCAACCGAAAAUCCUCUUUCCUUUUUGUCACCCAGUUGCUUCCGGUAAGCAGCCAAUUACGACGAGCCGCUGGACGUGUCGCUAAUUAUAUUUCACGUCCGGCAUGCUCGACCAGGAGAAUGUCAACUAACUUGUUUCCGCCGAUUCGGCACGACUCUCCUGGGAUUCAGAGGUUGCUCUGAUCUCACGCUCAAAACGCCAUUUGUCAUUUGUAAAGUGUCAAACGUGCCCGCAACAAUUGUUGCACAACACUGUUUUGCUUUUUCCUGAAAGCCUUCUUACGGCUUUUUAUGAAAGUUCAAAAUCAUUAUUUCAUUUUUUGAUUUUGCUCCUUUUUUGCUCUUCCAGUUCUUCCGAAUGUUAUGAGAAUUCAUUUUGUUUUGAUUUCUUUUAAAGUAUCAAAUAAAAACACUUUAGUUAUUACUUGCUCAAAAAAAAAUUUACUUCAGUUCUAGGCACGAUUGGAAAAUAAUGUUUUUAGCAUCCGAAAUUCUCUCGAUUGCUGAAGUUGAAUAUUUCUCAUUGGCAUAAAUAAACCAAAAAAAAAAAGCUUUUUCCCUCUUCCCCCUCUUUGUUUGGCCUUCUGAACUUUCUAUUCAAUUUUCUCGUCGAAGCCGUGAUUCAUGUGAUUUUUUUUUCUCAUUCAGAAACAUUUUUUUUCCAGGUUAUGGCCUGAUAAUCGUCUCGAAGCCAAAAUGACAGUGGCGAACCUCCUUUUGAAAGCUUUCUCGCUAGUUCCGCAUUUGAACUUCCAGUUCAAAAAGACGGACGAUGUCUUCAAUCUCGACUGGCGGAGUGAAUAUAUUCAGGUGCGUGCUAUUUUAUUUUGCGAGAAUGCAAUAAACAGGAAGCAAAAAGUGGUAGUGGGUGCAAUGGGAAGAAAAAAGAAGGAAUAAGAGCUUGCUGGGUCUUUCUGCCAAUGCUCGUGGAUUACAACAUGUGCGCGCCAGAUGAGCGUGAUCUGUCGAGUUUCGUUGUGUUACUGUUUGCGUUUUCUCGCUUAGGUUACACAAAAGAUAUUUUUUUCUCCUUAUUUUUUUGAAUUAGUUACUUAAAAAUAAAACUUGUUCAUGUUAAAAAAAAAAGACACGGACAGCUUCAACUUUUGAAAUUUACCCAUUUUAGUGUGAUGUCGGCUAAGAAUUUAAAAAAUAGUCGAGACACAGUGAAACUUCAGAAAAAUGAGGAUGAUCCGAAGUAGUACUCAUAUCUUAUUUAAAACCAAACUUCUGAACUGUCGAAAACGUCUAAAAACGUGAGACGAAAAUCCCACUUUUCUAAAAAGAGAAGACAAAAUCUUUUUUCACAGAUAUCUGAGGCAUUUUUUUCAACUAAAAAUUUCAAACGAAAAACGAAAAAAAUAACGCUAAAGAAAUGUUUCAAAAAGUUAUUAAAACACAAAUAAUUAAGGCCAGUGAGAGCUCAAGUCUUGCAAAUCAAAUACACAGAAAGAAAACUGGAAUACUCUGAAAUAAUGCAAUAGACUCACAGACUUCCAUUCAAAUUUAUUCACACCUUCUCACCAUUCUCACACCAGUUGAUAGUUGGGUGCGGAGGAGCUGGUUGAAACUUGAGGAGCGGAGUGUUUGUUGUGAGAUGCAUAUAAAUGUGGAAGAGACCGCUCGGCGGAGGAUCCAUUUCACGACAUCGCUUCGCUGACCAUAAAGGAUUUGGACGCGCGGCGUAUUGUGUGGGGUUGCCGAGGCGAACGCCUAUCACUAGCUGACGUCGGCUGCUUUUGAAUCGUGGCAAGGCUUUGAAAUUUGGGGAUUUUUCAAUCUAUGGAAUCAAUUUUCCGAGUCGCUCGAAGUUCAUGAAAAUUUGAACAACAAUGUGAAUGAAUCAAAAGUUCUUUGAAUCUUCUAAAAUUUUUUUCCAAGGAUAGAUGGAAUGUUUGUUGUGGAUGUACACUCUCUACAGCACUAACUCAGCUUUUUUAUUCAUGAUAAAUAAAUAAAAUCUAUAAAAUUUGUAAUAUCUGAACCUCUGGGAGUUGUGAGUUUCCACGUUUAAAAUAACCUGAAAACCUUAAAAAACUUCAAAAUUCUCUCAGAUGCUUUUAAUCGUACAGCUGAGAUUUUUCUUUCUCACUCGAACGAUACAAAAAGCUUUCAAUCGUUAAAAGCCUCCACAUGCGACCACGUCAUCACUUUUAAGUGCUUUAUUCGGUUUGCUCAUUGUUCGAAAAAAUUGAAUCAAAUGUAUAUAAUUCGGUUGAACAUUUUAUUUCAAUGAAAAAAGCAGCAGGAAGGAAAAUGAUUUGAGAAGUUGAAAAGUUCUUAAAAGCCACUAUCCGAAAGAAGUUCAAUCAGAAACUCAUAUUUCUUGUUUGAAAAAUAUUUUUUUUCAAAAUGAUCAAGUUGAAGAAGCUUCGAAAACGCUUGCACUUUCAAUAACAAUGCACUUUUGAUCACGUUCCUCUUCACUAAAAUGUCCAAGACCACUAAAUUCAGUCGUAGAGUGAGCGUGCAUACUUCUGGAAGCGGGCCCAAAAAGUUGACAAUCGAGAGGCUAAUUGCGCAUGAAAAUGUUCCUGCCAGUUGGCGCAAAGAGUAAUCCUGGUAGUGCAGAAAAAUACCAGGAUAAUCGUUUUAAAAGUUGGUCGCGAAAAAUCGGAACUCUGAAAAAAUAAAGAAUGAAACGGUUAGAUUAACUUUGAAACAUUUUUCUUACGUCUUUUUUUUUCGAAUUUAUUCACUUUCAAAUGCUCUGUUAUCCUAUAGAAUAGCUCGAGGCAUUGUAGUCACAUUCUGGAAGCUGGCCCGCAAAAAAACGCGAGAGGAUCGGUUGCACCUUUGAAUCGCUUUGCAGUGGAAAUGAGAAAAAUCAAGCUGUUAAAGUAUCAGUAAUUCUUUGACUGAGCUUCGAAAUCGUAACUCAUAAUGAUAUACCACCAUCAAAGAUUAAUUUUCCUCGAAAUAGAAAGGCAGCGGGAUUUGGAUGGAUUAAUACGGAUGGAGGUCCGCUGUCAAUCACUGUACACGCCAGUCGGGUUGAUGUGCCAUCAAAGGUCGCAAUUAUCCGCGGUUGGCGUCUUGGUCGUUUCGCCGCCGCCAUAAAUCCCAGCCGCCAUUGGACCGUCACGGUUACCGGUCUUCAAACAAUAACCAAUGUUGCAUAGUUAUAUGGCCGGGAAAAACUAUCUUUCGAAAGUUUUCCGAUUAAAGUUCUUCCAGAAUAAUCGUGUUCCUGAGAGUGUUAGGAGAUAUAAAACAAACGUUGAAAACGGAUAUCGACUUGAUACUUUUUCCAAGUGAUACUUCUCGUAGAUAUUCCCAUAGAUAUUCGAGUCAGCCGUUUUAGGCUGGCAGUAAUGCACUCGUUCUCAAAUCUGUACUUUCAAACUUAAAGAAAAUUGCUGAGCUUGAAAAAAAAAUCUGAAUGAAUAUCAAAACUGUAAGUAGCAAUAAAACAUUAUCCGCAGAGAUAAAAAAAAAUGGUUUCGACCAAAACUGCUGAUGAGACGGGGCAACACGGGGCGAUGAAGCGGCCCGCCCACCCGCAAGCGGUCUUUUUGACAAAAAAAAACCUUUUUCUUAUGUUUUUCUCUGAACAUUUUAUCCCUAAUUUACUAAGUUUUUACUCAAUUUCAACUUAGCGGGUUGCCCUGUCGGCAGCUCUACUUCCAACAACCAAAUGAACCGUCUUGAAAAUUAAAAACGAAAGAUAAUUUUCAGAGCUUGGCGUUAAUCGCGGCUCUGGGUGGCUUGAUCAGUUUCCUUCUUCUGCUGACAAUCGUUAUUGUAUGGGUCUGCCAGACAUGCAGGACCAAUGUGACCACGGGAAAAACUCGUCGGAAGGUCCGACGGCUCUCAACAGCCCUUUUCGUCCUCUCCGUCGCCUGCUUGUACGUUUCCUGAAAUGCAUUGCAACUUUCCGAUUCCACAUUAUUCGCAUUGUUUGCUACUGUUUGGGUGCAAAAGCGUCCAUGUUUGUUUUUGAGAUUGAGGCUUUGCAUUCGCGCCCGAAGGCACAUAUCGUGAUUGAAUUAAGCGCUCUCAUGUUUGGAGUCAUGGUUUGGUUGCAGCUUCAUGCUGGGGAUCUGCUUGUUCGCCAACGAACAUAUCAACCGAGGGGUUUCCGUAUCGAUCGAUUCGGUGGUCAGCCUCAAAAGGUCCUACAAGCUUUCUUAUGCGCAGGUUUGAAGUUGAAAGACAUUUUUUGAAUUUUCAAGUCAACUAGAAAAGGCGAUUAUUGAAAAUAGAUCAAAUGCUUUGGACACCGAUUAAAAUUAUUGUGCAGAUGCCAAAAUUUUGAUAUUAUCUGGUUGAUAAAAAAAAACUCUCAAGGUUGAGUUAGGAUUUUUGGAAGUUUUGCUCAAAUAUACUUCGAUGAACUGGAGAUUGACAUUAUCUUCAAAUAAUUUUUAAUUUCAGAGAUAUGAAGUUUCGAAGAACACAGUUUUUUUCAAAAUCAACAGCUUUUUUUAUUUUCAAAAAUCUUCUUUUCAGUCAGCCAGAUACACCUUUUAAUCCCAGAAAAAAACAUUGAAUUGAAUUAUCACUUCUCCGAAAAAGUUAAUUUUUUUCAAAGAAAAAAAUGAAAACAUCAACAAGCUUCAGAUAUUGCCUGUUUAAAAAAACCUUGACAAGUUCAAUUCGAAAAAAAAAACUCUUAGAGAGUUUAGUUUCUCAAAAAGUUAUCCAUUGGCUUCCGAAAAUUGACGGGCCAGACUCCGAAAAUGUAAUAAAUUCCAGGUCGGAAGAAUGGAGGAGACGGCGCGGAACACGUCGUCGCCCUUGACGAACCUCGGUGCCAUCGUCAACAAAGAAGGGGCUAAAAAGGGCGUCAACCAAACGGUUUUUUUUAAUUUUUAUUCUGGAUUAUGAAAAAAAAUUGAGUAAAAAAAAAUGAUCGAAACUUUUAAGCUGUUGCAAGAAUCGAAAGUCAUGCUUCAAAACUUCACGGCAGCUAUUUCGCGCGUCGCCGACAGCGGGAAAGUUUUUCUCGAAGAUCACGAACACGACUUGGAACGGCUGGAGCGGAUUCGGAGUCGAAGCGCUUCUUAUGAAAGCGAAAGGUUUGUCUUUUUUUCUUCUUAUCGGGGUAGGACGAAAUUGAUUGUACCGGUUCCAUUUUUUUAUUAUUUUUUUAGAAACUUAUUUUUUUAACUUUUGCAAAAUAUGCUUUUUGAAAAUUAUUUUUUUCAGAUGAUCUCAGAUAGAGCUAUCCCAAGUUUCGAAUUUUUUGCUGAAAAGAUAAAUGCAAAAAAGCGGAGAGUUGAAUGAAAUUUUCCGAGAGGCAUUUUUAAGAGAUUGAGUCCAAAUCAGUCUAACAAAAAAGCCUCCUUAGACUUAAGAUGAAGCUGUAACGGAAGAGAUUUUCAACUUGACUUUUGCAGUGAGAAAGGGAAGAUUUUUUUUUAGGUUUUAUAUUUCUGCUAAAAGGGAACAUAAACAAUUUUUCUACUGUUCCUUAACCAGAAAGUCUGAAAGUACCUCUCAGAAAAGUUUCAUAAAUUUUUUGCACCAGAAACUUUUCAGCAUGCUUAAAAAAAUUUCAAAAUGACCGCUCUGACAGUACAAAAUAAAAAAAUUAUAAUUUCAACAUUAAGAAGUCAAAGUUCUGAAAGUUUUGAAACCAAGAUCUACUUCGAAGCAUAGCAUAAGUUUUGAUAAAAAGUUAAGUGUUCGAUUUCGAAAAUCUCGAGCAACACUCAUGAAUGAUUCAAGGCUAUCUGGCUCGAGUCAAGUGGACAUAUGCAAAUUUUGAUGUUUGCAAUUUGGGAGCCGCUGUCUUUUAGGCCUGUGCUACUCGACCUCGUAAGAGUAGCUAGCCGAGCCAAUAUUUGCUCGACCUGAUGCGAAAACUCGCCGGCACAUGUAUCCAUUCAAAUGAGUAGGCCUGGUCCAAUUACGUCGAUGUGUGGGAAAAAUGAGCUUCGUUAAGGAUCGAAAAAAUAUCGAAAAAGUUGAAUAAGUAAAGAAGAAGAAUGCAAGCUGAAAAAUUGCCAAACUUUAAAGGAAUUGUGUACAAUAUCAACAGGGGAAAAUUAGAAAAAGCCAGGAUACAAUUCCACCAAAAGGGCCCAUUGAGCUUUGUCAAUUUUUUCAAUUUCGUUUUUUUUUCAGAUGGGCUUUCCUCGUCAUCGUUCUCUCAAUAACCAUAUGUGUACUGUUUGCUGGUGUCAUCGCAUUCUGUCGCCAAUCCAAAAAAGGAGCUGUGAUCUUUAGGUAUUCCACCUUUCAUCUACUCCUUAAUUAAGUGCUUCAGUGCCGUUGGGUUUUUCAUUUUCAUAAUCGUCUGGGUGUUAAUUGCGGUUAUUUUCCCAAUUUCUAUUGUGAGUUUCAGCCAUAAUAUUCGAGUAGAGUAUCGACAUCAAUUAAGGGACUCUCGGAUUUCUGUACGAACGGGAAAAAGUUUGCGAUGGAGCAACUUGGAAAUCUUGACGAGAGUGUCGAGUUCUAUAAAACUUGCGCACCACGACCAGCAAAUGAUAUUCUGCCACCGGACGUCAAUCGAUACCUCGAUUUGAUGAAGUAUAUCACGGGCUCGAAGUCAAAGCUCGAUGGACUUCUCCAAACAACUUUCAAUUCCAGCGAAGCGGUGAGCUACGAAAAGUUUGAAAAAUAAAUUGGGUCGAGAGGUUUUCUCGAUUUGUUCAAUGUGUGAUGACUUUUUGAUUUAUCUUUGUAGUCCAUGGUGAGUGGAUUGCAAUCAAUUAGGACCUCUUUUCUCCUUUUUUUUUUGAAUGGUCAUGAUUCUCAUUGUUAGUGAACAAUUUCUCAAAUCGUUCUGCGAGAAUAAAAUCAAACUCAAAACGAAAUCGUCUGGGGACGUGGCAACAAUACAACUAUUUUUAGAUAACGAACGCUACAAUGUUGGUGGGUCAACACGUUUCUGAUUUGGUGAAAUUGGAGGGAGCCGUUGGAUCGGCGUCCGCAUGCUUCGUUUUCCACGAUGACAUCAUCAACUUCUACUACGGCGUUUGUGAUCAAUCAAUGUGAGCAUCUUACAUUUCUUUCCUUAUGAAAAUGAUCUCAGGAUUCGUUCGGGAAUAAAAAAAACAAAAAAAAAAAUUCAGAGCUAUCAAGGGGCUACGUUUUUUUCAUGAAAACUUUUGAAAACUUUUUGAAAAUUCUCAGAUUAUUAUGUACAUACCAAGAAGCCUGAAACUUCUUCUAUCGGCCUAAAUUUUCAUUUUAAAAGUGGCUUGAGAUUUUUAAAUCAGAGGUUUCUGAAAAGAAUAGUUUGUUUUCAAUGAUCAAAAAAAAUUGAAGUACGUGUUCCAGAUUCUCAAUCCGUUUGCCUCACAGAAAUCAACAAGUGUGUUACCACGAUCAUUACGGACUCCUAUGCCAUGGCUACCGAGAGAGGAUUCGGUUGAUGUUUUUGAGCCGACUUUGGCAUUGAAGUCCCCUAGAGUCAAGGAAUAAGAAGAAUCCGCCCCCGGGUGCCGAUCACGACGUUGGAUUCGACUCAGAGCCUGCUCUAAGUCCUCUAGGCAGCUGGAAAAAGCCUCAUCGGCGUAAGACGUGGUUGGCGCAUACACUUGGAUGACUCUUACCCGUUCCUUUUUGAGUUUAAGGUCUAGGUACGCAAGUCGAUUGCUAACAGGAGUGAAAUCGACGUUGGCUGCCAAGCUUUUAUGAACGAGGAACCCUACACCGGCUUGAGAUGCCGUCCCAUGGUAGUAGAGGGUGUGCUGGGUGUCGUUAAGCACAAGGCUACCAGUACCAGCCCGGCGAACUUCGCAGAGGCCGAUAAUAUCAAAAUUCACUUCCCUGAUUGCGUUUUCGAGUGCGGCGAGUCGUUCGUUGGUGAGAAGCGAUCUGACGUUCAGCGUUCCAACGAGGAGAGUCUUCACCAUGGUGGAGCAGUACGGCGUCAGGCUUGUCCAGGGCUUGCAGACGACGGAUUAGUAUCUCUUUGCGAGAGCGAUCAAAUUAACCGACCACUCCACGCGAAGAAAUGAGAUAAUAAUAAUAACACCUCUCAAGAACAAAGUCAAAAUAUACCAAGCUUGUAUAGAACCUGCGCUCUUAUACGGAUCAGAAGUCUGGACCCUCAAGAAAACAGAGAUGAACAUGUUAGCCACAUCACAGAGGAAGAUGAUGAGAAGAAUGCUUGGUGUUACUCUAAUGGAUAGAAGAUCAAACAGUUGGCUCCACGAAAGAUUGAAGAUGCGUGAUGCUCGAAUGGUUGCAACAAGAAGAAAAUGGUUCUUCGCAAAGAAAAUCGUGACGGGAGAAGAAACGUGGGCAAAGAAGAUCGUAGAAUGGCGGCCCUGGGAGAAGAAAAGAUCUGUUGGACGACCACGAGCACGUUGGCGAGAUGACUUCCGAAGCGUUCUUGGGGAGAAUUGGUCGACCGUUGCGCGCAACAACAAGGAGCUCUUCAAAAUCUACCAUGAUUCAGCAGAGCCUUUUUGAUUACUCUGAUGUCUGAAUAAAAUUCAAAAAUUCAAUGAUCAAAAAAUUGAAUGACCUGGAACUCUUACGAUUAUUUUUUUUUUUAAACCAUUUUUUUGGAUUCUGUUAAAAAACGAAAAAAUCUUCUUUGUGAGCGAAAAAAUCAAUUCUCAAACCUAAAUUUGAAAAUUUUCAGCGUCGGACUGGCCGUUCUGUUCAUAAGCACCUUCCUUCUCGGAAUCUUCCUUUUCGUCGUGUUGAUCAUCGUGUCUAAAACGUGGCGCCUUUUCACCAAAAUGUAAGGAUCCUUCUCUUUUUCUGUUCAGCACGCAGUUUUUACGUUACAUAUUACUAACUUCUUCGCUUUUGCACUUUUCACGCAAUUUUUUUAACCUUUUAGUUUUCUAUUUUUUAGAGCUUCUGUCUUGCUAAAUUCAAUUAUGAGUAACACAAUGCUAUUUUUUUUCACUGAAAACUCUAAAAAGCUGAAAUCAUGAAAAAAAAUUAUUUGUUCAACAGGCUUUUUUCUGGUGACUUAGAGCGUUUAGCAGAUGAUUUUUUUCUAAAUAAGGCUAUUUUUACUUAGCGGUUGAGAUUUUGCGAAAAAAAUGAGCUACAACAAUUUUUUUGAUGUGCCAAUUAAAGGUUCUGAAGGGCUGAAUCUGCGAAACUUCCUAGUUUUUUUGAGAAAUGAUCAAAUUGUCAAAGUCUUUUUAUUUUUUUCAAAAAAACUAAGAAGCUUUGUAAAUUGAGAUUUUUCCGUAUUUUUUUGUACUGUACGUUAAGGAGAGUACCUGAAUAUUUUCAGGCGAUUUUCUCAAAGAUAAUUGCCUGAAAACUUUUUAAAUCAAAACCAAAGGAUAUUUUAGGUUUUUUGAAUAGCUGGAAGUUCAUUUUGUUCAUAAAUUGAAUCUCACUGCUUCAAACCCUUGCUGUCCAAACAAGUGUGAAGGUUAGGCCGUGACAGGAAUUCGGCGUCCUAUCCUAUCCGGGUGCGACCAUUCCGGUACGAAGCUGCCGACCACGAUUGCGCCUUGUCUUCUGGCACCAAAAACACGCUUUUCACUUAUGAGAGCUCGCUGAACAAGCGUGUCUCGUUCCGGUUUGUACAUGAAUGUUGUGGCCUGCACCCCAGUCGCUUUCUUCAUGUACCUUGGAUUGGUCCCGACCCAAAGCUUUCGAAGUCUGGCAUGAUCCGAAUAUAGUAAUUCAUUAUGUCUGGAGGCAAUAUGGUUUAUAAAGUUGCUAGAUCUUUGUUGAUUUCGUCUUGGAUAAUUUUUCAUGCAAAAAAAUUUAAAUCAAUUCCAAUGAAAAAGUAAUUAUUUUUGAAAGUAGAUGUUAAAUAAUGCAAAAGUCUUUUUAAAAGUCUUUUUGAUUGGGAGGGAACUAUCAAAAAGUAGUUGUAUUUUUUUUGCAUCCUAGUGUUUGUUCGUUUUUUUGCUUCCAUGUUUCCAGAGUUUUCAACUCCCUUCUUUCCAAUUUUUUUCUCACUGACCUCGAAAAAUCGGUUUCGGAUGAUUCCUACAAAUAUUAUUUCUUUCAAAAACUUCUUUCAGGCCGCACGAUUACGUCGAAGUGGAUGAAGACGACAUUUUCAAUCCUCAUCGCGGUAGCGACUCCGCAAUUCCUGUAGACAUCUACGGCACUCAUGUUUUCAACCCGAGGACUAGGUGGGAUCAAAAUGCGGUUUCUCCCUUUCCUACAGAGUCCUGAACUGUUUCACGCUUCUAUCUCCUUUUACGGAUCCUGGGUUUUGUGAUCAUCAACAAGAACAUUUAAGCUAUGCUUGAAAAUUUAGAAAACCUUCUUCAGAGAUCUUUUAUUUUUUUGAUUUCUCAGCUUUUGAUCUGCAACUACACCCUUUCCUCUUUCUCUCUUUCAAACUGCACUCGUCAGGGAUCGAGCUGAGCCUUCCACGAACACGACCAACGGGACUACAGGCGAUGAACAGUCGUCUCUUCUUUGGAACCGCGGCAGCGUGGCUCAUCCUGUCAACAGGUUUGCACCGUAG